UCUGCCCGUCGCGGCUUUAAGGUCGGAGUCGCCGGCGGCGCCUGCGCAGACUGCCUUCUCCCUCAUGUGGGGUUUUGGCGAGCCCUGCCUCCUCGAAACGCUCCCCUCACCCCUCACCCCCUUUAACGUCAGAAGCGGGGCUUCGCAGUCUAGGGGGCAAGUCCGGCUCGUCUUUAACAGACAAUAAGACUAAUCUGUACAACUACAGCAGCACAGGAAAAAAAUGUUGCUUCUGGUCCUAAAAGAUACACAGAAGCUUUUUUCAAAAAAGAGGUUGAAGAGUUCAACAUAGGAAAGAGACAUUUAGCCAACAUGAUGGGAGAAGAUCCAGAAACUUUUACCCAAGAAGAUAUUGAUAAAGCGAUUGCCUAUCUCUUUCCUUCUGGCAUCUUUGACAAGAAGGCCCGGCCUAGAAUGAAGCAUCCCGAAGAAAUUUUUCCAGCACAGAGAGCCGUACAAUGGGGAGAAGACGGCCGACCAUUUCACUUUCUUUUUUACACUGGGAAGCAGUCCUAUUAUUCUCUAAUGCAUGAAGCCUAUGGUAAACUACUGCACAUUCAGGAAUAUCAAGAUCGUCUGCUUGCUCAAGGAUUAACUCUUAAUAAAAAUCAAAUCAACCUGAUUGGCAGCAGAUGGCUGAUUAAAGAGGAAUUGGAAGAAAUGUUAGUGGAUAAACUGUCAGAUCAAAAUUAUUUACAGUUUAUUCAGCUGUUCGAAAAAUUAGUAGCAUUGCCAUGCUGUAGCAUUGAAGAAGAUUACUUGCUAAAAUUUCGCAAGGAAAUAUUUUUACAAUCAAGAAAGCAGAUAAUUGAGCCUCUGAAGUAUGAUGAACAAGGAGUGGCCUUUAGUACGGCAGAAGGUAAGAGAAAGACAGCAAGAGCAACUGUUACUGUUUAUGACAAUGGAAGUGGGAAAAUUACUAUAAAUGGAGAAAAUUACAUACAUUACUUCCCAGCCUUGCAGGAUAGAGAACAGUUGAUGUUCCCAUUCCAGUUUCUUGAUCGAUUAGAGAAACAUGACGUGGUCUGCUCUGUUUCUGGAGGAGGCACAUCAGUACAAGCUGGAGCAAUCCGCUUAGCUUCAGCAAGGGCCUUGUGUAGCUUUGUCACUGAACAGGAAGUGGAGUUCAUGAGACAAGCUGGUCUCCUGACACAGGACCCACGUCUGAGAGAACGAAAGAAGCCUGGUCAAGAGGGAGCCCGAAGGAAAUUUACUUGGAAGAAGCGCUAAUUUUUUUUCAAAUGGUUCUUAAGGAAUAUUUUGUAUGUUUGUGUAUAUGUAAAUACAUAUUGGUAACUAAACUGUAUUUCAGCUUC